AGCCAUAAUCAUAGCCCAUCACAAACCAAAACGAAAUUAGAGGGUAACGAUGACUCCAAACCAGUCUUAUUCCUUUCCUGGUCUUGUUGUUGUUACCUUGUAUUUCGUUUUCUCGUUUUCCUUUGUCAUAUACACUUUCGCUUCUCCCACGUUCCACCAUUGCCGCCAUGACCAGAGGGAUGUUCUUCUGGAGAUCAAACACGAGUUUCCGGUAAAUGAAUCCAACCGUGUUUAUAAUUUGAGUUCAUGGAAGAAGAGCAGUGAUUGCUGUUCUUGGGAGGGUGUCACGUGCGAUGAUAAAUCUGGCAAGGUGAUUUCACUUUACCUUUCCAACAUCCCUUUGAACAAAAACUCUUUGAAACCAAAUAGUAGUCUUUUCAAACUCCAGUAUCUUCAAAACCUAGCCCUUGGCAAUCUUUAUGGAGAGAUUCCUUCUUCAUUAGGAAACCUUUCUCAUCUCAUGGAGCUUGAUCUUUCGUAUAAUGAAUUGGUUGGUCAAAUUCCAGCUUCAGUGGGAAACUUGACCCAACUAAGGAGCCUCGAGCUGGGCGAUAACAAAUUAAGCGGCAAAAUACCUGACAUGAGUAGAGUCCAGUCCUUGGAGUCUUUUGAUGUGCGUAGAAACUCGUUUUCUGGGUCUUUUCCUACAUCCUUGUUCACGAUUUCUUCGUUACAAUUUGUUUCUUUGCAGAAUAACCUCUUCGAGGGACCUAUAGAUUUUGGGAAUACAUCUUCAUUUUCUAAACUUUCUUAUCUAAACCUUUUUCAUAACAAACUCGAUGGCCCAAUCCCUGAGUCUAUAUUUAAAUUUCUCAGUCUCGACAUCUUAGAUCUUAGUUCCAACAAUUUCAUUGGGCCCAUCCCCAAAUCUAUAUCUCAGUUAGUCCACCUCACUCGUCUUAGACUUUCCAAUAAUAGGUUGGAAGGUAAAAUACCAGGUUGCUUAUGGAAGUUAUUUGAGUUGAAACUUUCUAACAACUCUUUUAGCAGUUUUGAAAAACCAUUACAAGUUUACGAUCGAGAAAUUAUGCGUGUUUUGCUUCUUGAUUCGAAUUCAUUUCGUGGACCAUUUCUCCAUUGGAUCUGCAAGAUUAAAAAAUCUUUGAUGCUGUUAGAUCUGUCCAACAAUAUGUUUAUCGGAUCAAUUCCUCAAUGUUUAAGGGAUUUCACUGAUGCCCUAGAAGUGUUUAAUCUGCAAAACAACAAUUUCAGUGGAACUGUUCCAGAUAUGUUUGUCAAUGCUACUGAGUUAAGGGCACUUGACAUUAGUCGCAACCAGUUGGAAGGAAAGCUUCCAAAAUCCUUGCAUAACUGCAAAGAUCUGGAAAUUUUGAAUGUUGAAAGCAACCACUUCAAGGAUAAGUUUCCAUUUUGGUUGGGUUCUCUAUCAUCGUUAAACAUCCUCAUCCUCCGAUCAAACCAAUUUUAUGGGCCGUUGUAUCAUCAAAAUGUAUCCAUUGGGUUUCAAAAUGUAAAAAUCGUCGAUGUCUCGCAUAAUGGCUUCAGUGGAACCAUCCCUGCUUUCUAUUUUUCCAACUGGCGUGAAAUGAUCACAUUAAACGCGGAUGAUGAAUACAUGGAGAUUAUUGUGCAUUACGAUGACCACUACCGUUAUUCGAUGGAAAUGGUGCAUAAAGGAGUAGAUACAGAAUUUGAGAGGAUCCGAAAAGACUUCAUAGCCAUUGACUUUUCAGAAAACAAAUUUUGUGGGAACAUCCCUGAAUCUAUUGGAUUGUUAAAGGAAUUGCAUCUGCUCAACUUGUCUGGUAAUGCAUUCACAAGCAACAUACCUCAGUCAUUGGCUAAUUUGACAAACCUUGAGGCAUUAGACCUAUCCCGGAAUAAUUUGUCAGGUCAAAUUCCUCAACAUCUUGGUAUCCUCUCCUUUCUCUCCACCAUGAACUUCUCCUACAACAAUCUUGAAGGUCCAAUACCUCGAGGCACACAGUUUCAGCGCCAAAAUUGUUCUUCAUUUAUGGACAAUCCCAAACUCACCAAUCUCAAGGACAUCUGUGGAAAACCUCCUGUCCCAAGUCUUACACCACAAGAAACAGAGGAAAUGUUAAAACCCGAUGAACAAGUGAUCAUUUACUGGAUAGCAGCCGCAAUAGCAUAUGGGCCUGGUGUUUUCUGCGGAUUGGUGAUUGGAAAUAUCUUCGUUUCACGCAACCAUGAGUGGUUCGUGGAAAAGUUUGGUAGAAACAAGCCCAGAGCAGUCAUCAGAAGUGCUCGUUGACCACUUUCGCUUGUCCUCUCUAUACGUAUUUGUGAAGUUUGAUAGAAUGUGCUCGUUGACCACCUCCGUUUGUGUUUUGUAAUUUCCUAUAUGUAUUUAUGGUUUUUGUAAUAAACAUCUUUGACGGAUGUGUCAACGAACCUAGUCCAUGUUACAUUUCCCAAACACUCUUU